GGUAGGCGGAGCUUGGGCGCGUUGCGUCGGAGGCGUCAGAAUCCUCAAUUCCCAACUUCGCUUCUUGGCAGGACCUUUGGCGGAGCGCGCACAGGGAAAGGGGGGCGACGGGCGAGCGAGCGGGCGGGCGGUCAAGAAGGCAGGCGAGAGAGAACGAGCGAUCCGGGAGCCCAAGCGGAGAAAAGCGCCCUUUCCUUGCCCAGCGGAGGAAGAGAGGGAGGGCGGGGGAGCGGGAACCGAGAAGAAGACGCCUGCAAAGAGGAAGAGGAGGAGGAGGAAGAGGAGGAGGAGGAAGAGGAGGAGGAGGAGGAGGAAGAAGAAGAAGGGGGGCCCCCCGAAAGGUGCCGUGCGCCGGAGACUCCAGCCAGAGCUGCUGCGGAGGGGAGGCGGCGAAGAGGGGCUCUCCGCCCGUCGUUGGCAGAGCCGCCCGCCGCGGCAAAGCUCCGACAAGGCGCUCCGGAGAGAGAGAAAGAGAGAGGGAGAGCCAGGAUCCGGAACGCCAAAGCCCGAAGCCCGGACCGGCGCUGCGCUUGGCGGAGGCGGCGGCUGCAGCAGCUGCUUGCGCGGCUGGCUGGGGCUGGCUGGCGGAGCUCUGCCAGCAGCUUCCGGCCAUGUCGUAUCCUCAGGGUUACUUGUACCAGCCGUCCGCGUCCUUGGCCCUCUAUUCCUGCCCUGCCUACAGCACCAGCGUGAUCUCCGGUCCGCGGACGGAUGAACUGGGCAGGUCGUCGUCCGGCUCGGCUUUUUCCCCCUACGCCGGCUCCACCGCCUUCAGCGCUCCUUCGCCCGGCUACAACUCGCACCUCCAGUACGGCGCAGACCCGGCGGCGGCAGCGGCGGCGGCUGCCUUCUCUUCCUACGUGGGCUCGCCCUACGACCACACGCCCGGCAUGGCGGGUUCCUUGGGGUACCAUCCUUACGCCGCCCCCCUGGGCUCCUACCCUUACGGGGACCCGGCUUACCGCAAGAACGCCACGCGGGACGCCACGGCCACGCUGAAGGCCUGGCUGAACGAGCACCGCAAGAACCCCUACCCGACCAAGGGCGAGAAGAUCAUGCUGGCCAUCAUCACCAAGAUGACCCUCACUCAGGUCUCCACCUGGUUCGCCAACGCCCGGCGACGCCUCAAGAAGGAGAACAAGAUGACCUGGACGCCGCGGAACCGCAGCGAGGACGAGGAAGAAGAAGAGAACAUCGACCUGGAGAAGAACGACGACGAGGAACCGGCCAAACUCGAGGAGAAGGGCGACCCCGAGACGGGUCAGCUCGGCCCCGCAGACCCCAAAGGCGUCGGAGGGGGCAAAGAAACCGACGGCGCCUCCAGCGACUCGGAUUGUAAGGAAAGCCCCGAGCAGACGCUUCGGAAAGAAGCCGCCGCCGCCGUCCGCGCCUCGCCGCCUUUGGUGCACUGUGGAUCCGCCGGCCGCCUGCUACUCCAAGCUCACCAGCACCAUCACCACCACCAGCAGCAGCAGCUCUUGCAUCCCGGGGCCGGCGGCGAGGACCCCCCGGCGCCGCCGCCCCCUCCCUCCCAAUACAGACCCCCUUCGACGGACCUGCACCCCAGCCUGCCUUCCAGCCACGGCACGUCGGUCAUCCACACGCCCCAAGCGCCUCCGCAGGCGGCCGGCCCGGGGGCUCUUUCCAAGCCCAAGCUCUGGUCCCUGGCCGAGAUCGCCACCUCCGCGGACAAGGCCAAGGAAGGGGGCAGCGGCGAGACGCCCCCGCAAACUCCUUCGGGUUUAAGCGGGCCGGCGGCGCAAUCCCCGACGGCGCGCUCGCCUUCCGCCGCCCCUUGCCCCUUCCCCAACGGCGCCGCCUCGGUGCUCCCGAGACCCCUCUAUUACGCCACCAGCCCUUUUUACCCCGGCUACACGAACUACGCUUCCUUCGGACACCUUCACGGCAACGCGGCCCAGGCGGGCGCCCCCAGCCCCCAUUUUAACGGAUUAAACCAGACCCUUUUGAACAGAGCGGAGAGCCUGGCCAAAGACGCGAAGGUGCUCCGAAGUCACAGCCACUACGACUUUAGCAAAGAGGCGCCCUACGAACUCAAGAAAGGUAUGUCGCACAUUUAAAACCCCCAACUUAAAAGCUGAGCUCCAAAACGGGACUUUGUGGAUUUGGGCCCGCCUUUUAUUCGGGGGAAGAGAAAGUUAUGGGCUCCCCACCUUCCUCCGCCGCUCUUACAGUGAUUUUCUGCUUUUUUUUUUUUUUUUACUUCUUUCUUUUUUCAUCGUGAGCGAUUUUUCCACAUUUCUUUCCCAUCAGGGCCGUCUUGAUCGGGGUUUUUUUUUCCCUCUCCCACCCGCUGCCAAAAAGGGGGGAGGAAGGGUGGAAGAGAGAGAGAGAGAGAGAGAGAGAGAAAGAAAGAAAGAAAGACAGGGAGGGAGAGAGAGAGAGAAAGAAAGAAAGAAAAAGAAAGAAAGAAAGAAAGAAAGAAAGAAAGAAAGAAAGAAAGAAAGAAAGAAAGAAAGAAAGAAAGAAAGAAAGAAAGGAAGGGAGAGAGAGAGAGAGUGGCCGGUUCCCAGAUCAGCUUUAUAAUUUAUUUGAAAACUGCAGCUUUUAGAAGUCUUAAGCAGAACUGCAAGACGUGGUGGGUUUGUGGCGAAUCUCUCUCGCACGCAGGGGAGGAGGGGGGGUAAAAAGACAGAGGCGAUUUGUAUGAAAUCUUAUUCUGUAUAUUUAAUGUAGCUUUUUUUUGUAUUUAAAUCGGUUAUACGGUAUCUUUGAAGUAAAUUAUGAAAUCCAACCA